CAUAACAAACACAAGCGACUUGCUGGCUGGCAUGAAAAGACAAGAUAUAACAACUUUAAAUAAGUUACCUUUAUAAUGUCGCGUUUGCGUUUAUGACUAUAUGUUUAUCAUACUUUCUUCAAGACAUAUCUUGUUAGCUACAGCUGCUAGAUCAAUUUAUACUUUUUGUUGUUGUUGCUAGCUAACGUUAAAUUAUGCCUCAAGAGAUUCAAGGGGGAGAAGAACAGCUCCCGUUGGUAAGGUCUCUGAAAAGCGGAAUACCGUCGAUUGCAGUGUUUUGUAACCGGAGUCCUCGAAUCAUGCGACCAGUAUGGAUUAAUUUCCUCGGGGAACCUCAACCCUACGAUAUUUUACAGCCAGGAAAAGGAAUGAAAAUGAACACCUUCGUAGGUCAUCCUUGGAUGUUCAGAGAUGCAGAAACAGAUGAGGCGCUGAAGGCGAAUAGUAAAGAGAUGUUCCUGCCCAAACCAAUGGAGAAUGGACAGGCUGUCCAGGUUAACAUCACAUUACCAGUCCUCAGCUUGAAGGAGCGUGCCCUCCAGGUAGUGCGGCGCCUGGUCCGUCCAGAGGACUACAGGAGGCUGGAGAUUGCUCGGUGUCUCCAUGAGGAGCUGGAGGACCGUCCCAGCGUGCUGAAGGACCUGAUGCGCAUCGCCCAGCGCGUGGAACAGCGCCUCCUAGAAGACAGGCAGCAACCCCAGGAUGCAUGAGGAGCAACUUAGAGUAGGAGUGCUUAUAUAGAUAUCGCUAUAUGGAUGGCUCUGAUGUUGAUGUUUCUGAUUCUAUCAAAAUAAUAAGAUGACAGAAUGUAAGAUUGUUUGAUUGGACACUGGGAGGUCAGGGUUGAAUUCACUGCUGUAGCGACUACCGCGGAUCUUCUCCAUUUUUUUUAUUUUUAUUGUUGCAAUUGUUUAAUAUGGUCUUCGUAGCUUAGGAAAAAAAUGUGUAAACCAAUUCAGUGGUCUGACUUUAGAGAAAGGAUCAUCAACAUGAUUCAGCUGCUGGCUGUUUUUUUGUUCUUGCGGAAUGUCAGGUGGUUGGAACAUAAUUACAAUUUAUUUGUAGACUGCAAAAUCACUGCAAGAAGCCCAAACAUUUAUAAGAUUUGACGAAAGCAUAAUAAUUUCAAACCUUGCUUACAUUUGUGCACGGUUACAUAGCUCUCUUUUUUGCCACAUGGGAAUACUUUGGAACAGAUUUCUGAAAUUUCAAUCACUUGGAGCUGAUUUGAUUUUUUGUUAAAGUUUUUUUUAUGUCCAUAUAUAUAUAUAUAUA